AUGGCUGGUUUUCUUGCAGGGUUGGUAAACACUGAUUGGAAACUGAAAGAGAACACCAUCAAGCACCAUACUGAUGAAUAUCCCGGCAAGGAACUGGUUGUGCGACGAGGACAAGCCUUUUUGAUCUCUCUGACAUCCAAAGAAGCAUUGCCAGCUGCAGACAAACUAAUAUUUACUGUGGAAACAGGAUCAGAGACACUGCAGGCAGAGACACGAGUGGCAUUUGGCAUCACUAGCACACCAAGCAGAAGAUCUUGGAGUGCAGUACAGACCUCUGCUGGUUAUGGCUCCCUGAGUGUCUCUAUUUUGAGCCCAGUGGAUGCUGCCAUUGGACGCUACCAGAUCAGCAUCAAGACAGACUCCAGCAGAAGCAUACACUCCUCCAGCCUUGGCACUUUUGUGUUGCUGUUUAACCCUUGGAUGCCAGAGGAUGAUGUGUUCAUGGCUAAUGAGGCAGAGCGCAAAGAAUAUGUCCUCUCAGAAUUUGGUAUCAUCUUUAAAACCUUUAAAAACAAUGGAGGAUGUUUACUGCCAUGGGAUUAUGGCCAGUUUGAAGAUGGCAUUCUGGAUAUCUGCCUUUCCAUGCUGGACAUGGGCUUAAAAUACUACAAGGACUCAACUGCUAGUGUGAGCCGUCUAAGUGACCCCAUACAUAUUGGUCAAGUGCUCAGUGCUAUGAUCAACUUCGAUGAUGGAGACAGAGGAGUGUUGUAUGGAUGGUGGGGGGCUUGCAGUGAUGGGAAAGACCCAUGCAGCUGGUCAGGAAGUGUGGAGAUAUUGAGGCAAUGGGAGAGCUCUGGAUUUGAACCUGUCCGGUAUGGGCAAUGCUGGGUCUUUGCAGGAGUUCUGACUACGGUCCUCCGGUGCAUAGGAAUUCCCACUCGCAUCAUCUCCAACUUCAGUUCUGGCUGUGACAAAAAUGAAAAUCUGAUUCUGGAACCAUCAGAGCUUACCUGGAACUUCCAUGUGUGGAAUGAAUGCUGGUUUGCUCGACCUGACCUUGGCUGCAUGUACAAUGGGUGGCAAGUUCUGGAUGCAACUCCACAAUGUCGAAGUACUACAGGUACACGAUGUGGUCCAGCUUCAGUGAAGGCCAUCAAGGAGGGAGACGUGGACCUGCCGUAUGACACUGCAUUCGUCUUUUCAGAGGUCAAUGCUGACAUUGAGGGCUCAUUGGACACCACGUCCAUUGGGCAAAACAUAAGCACAAAGGCUGUGGGCAGCAAUGAUCGCCUGGAUGUCACUGAUAAUUAUAAAUACAAAGAAGGCUCUGUCAAGGAAAGGGAAAUAUUUGCAAAGGCUCGUGCCAAACUCAAUCUGAAAACAAGCCACUCUGAGCCUGCCAGAAGCCUAAGAGAAGCUGCAAAGCCCAGUGUCUUUGGGAAAAUCAAAGUGAAGAGCCCCCUGGAGAUUGGCAAGGAUGUCCACUUGGUCUUGAGGCUGACAAACCUUGGUUCUACAACUGAGUACCUAACACCCAAUAUGGCCGCUUGGUCAAUUCACAACACUGGAAAACCCAUUCAUGAGAUCUGGAAAGCCUCCAUCUUGGUGACCCUUGGCCCCAAAGAAGAAAAAGAAAUUCCUAUCAAUAUUCCAUAUGCUAUGUACAAGCAGUACCUGCUUAUAGACAACCUGAUUCAAGUCACAGCUUCAUGGUCAAAAAAAGAGGGGGGAAAUGUGAGCAGAGUCAUAAUCCUCGAGAAACCCAGCGUCACAAUAAAGGUGCUGGGAGAGGCAAAAGUGGGCAAGGAAGUGAAGGUGGCAGUGACCAUUGACAACUGUUUUGAUGAGGAGCUGAAGGAUGGUGUGCUGAAGGUGGAGGGUAGUGGCUUACUGGAAAAAACCUUCAAGAAAAAUGUACCACCACUGAAUCCCCAAGACAGCUAUCGAAUCCAGUUUAAGAUCUUUCCCAGAAAAAGUGGUACCAGGUAUCUGCUUGUCAACUUCUCCAAUAACAAAUUUCAAGACAGCGUAACCUUUCAGGACAUUAAUGUGGUCGACUGA